AAAGAUUCCAACAAUCAAAUCAAAUGUUUUAAGAUCUAGGAAGAAUUUUGAUUCCCUAUUACUUUGUUCAAGAUGUUAAAAUGCUUCAGCUUCACCGCAUCCCUGGAUUGGUUCUACCGUGUCAUGUUUUCAAACGCUAGCCUUCGCUCGGUAACCAUAGACCUUGGCGAUGGCACUGUCAUGCACUGCUGGAUUCCCAAAAACGUCAUCCAAACUAAGCCUAAUCUUCUUCUCGUCCACGGUUUUGGAGCCAAUGCAAUGUGGCAAUAUGGGGAACAUCUCCGCCAAUUUACCGCCCGGUUCAAUGUGUAUGUCCCAGAUCUUGUGUUCUUCGGUGAAUCAUACACAACUAGACCAGACCGGACAGAGGCCUUCCAGGCUCGUUGUCUGAUGAGGCUGAUGGAGACGCUGAAUGUGCGUAAAAUGAGCCUGGUGGGAGUUAGCUAUGGUGGGUUUGUGGGGUAUAGUAUGGCUGUGCAGUUUCCAGAGGCCAUGGAGAAGUUGGUGCUGUGUUGUACUGGUGUUUGUCUGGAGGAGAAAGAUUUGGAGAGAGGCCUGUUCAGGGUUUCAGAUUUGGACGAGGCCGCCAGCAUUGUGUAUCCACAAACGCCGGAGAGAUUGAAGGAAUUGAUACAAUUGUCAUUUGUGAAGCCUGCCAGAGGAGUGCCAUCUUGUUUCCUCUCUGAUUUUAUUGAUGUGAUGUGUACAGAUUAUGUUGAAGAGAAGAGAGAAUUGAUACAAGCCAUAAUCAAAGAACGAAAGUCUUUUAAUCUUCCUAAGAUCAACAGGCCGACAUUAAUAAUAUGGGGAGAGCAGGAUCAAAUAUUCCCUUUGGAGCUAGGGCAUAGAUUGAAAAGGCAUAUUGGAGAAAGUGCUCAGUUAGUAACAAUUCAAAACGCAGGCCAUGCUGUUAAUCUAGAAAAGCCGAAGGAAUUUGUAAGGCACUUGAAGUCCUUCCUAACUGAUUCAUCACAAAUACCUUGCUCAGAGACAUCUCUCCUUCAUGGUGGCCAGUAGUCUCAG